GGCCCGUCGGUUUCCGGGGCGCGCCUCGCGCUGUUUUGUCCCCGCCGCCGCCCCGUCUGCGCCGCUCCGCGAUGGCGGCCCCGGGCCUGUCCAAGGCCGAGUACCUGCGGCGCUACCUGGGCGGGGCCGCGGCCCAGCCGGAGGGCGGCCGGCGCAAGCGGAGGAAGAAACCGCCGGGGAGCGGCGGCGGCAGGGGGAUGCGAAUAGUGGAUGAUGAUGUGAGCUGGAAUAGCAUUUCUGCUGCACAAGAGAAAGAGGAGGAGGAAGAGGAUGAAGGGGACCUGCCUGUGGUGGCAGAGUUUAUUGAUGAGCGACCAGAAGAAGUGAAACGGAUGGAAGAAUUCCGGACAAAUAGUAAAUGGAAGCUUUUAGGAGAUCAGAAUGAAGAUUCACAAAGCUCAGACCUUUCUCUAGCUGCCAAGUCUACAGCAAGUUCAGAAACCACAAAACAAAAGAAAAUUAAACACUCAUCUGAACCAUCACCUCCCAGGAGAGGUCGUCAUGAUUCUCCUGAGAUUUCUCCACUCAGGAAGCAGCGUCAUGAUUCUUCAGAUGAAUCUCCAUCCGGGAAUCAGCGCCGCGACUCGCCGGACCUGUCGCCGCCCCGCCGGGGCCGCCGCGACUCGCCAGACCUGUCGCCGCCCCACCGGGGCCGCCGCGACUCGCCAGACCUGUCGCCGCCCCGCCGGGGCCGCCGCGACUCGCCAGACCUGUCGCCGCCCCGCCGGGGCCGCCGCGACUCGCCUGACCUGUCGCCGCCCCGCCGGGGCCGCCGCGACUCGCCAGACCGGUCGCCGCCCCGCCGGGGCCGUCGCGACUCGCCGGACCGGUCGCCGCCCCGCCGGGGCCGCCGCGAUUCGCCGGACCGGUCGCCGCCCCGCCGGGGCCACUGCGACUCAGUAUCAGGAAAAAAAAGCAACAAAACUAUGGACAAAUCGCUACCGGGAGGAAUCCAAGGAGAGCAAUGUAAUCUGAGAUCUGGCUUCCCACACAAGUCCUCAUCGCAUCAUAAGCGGCAGAUAACUCCAGAUCUUUCACCUCUCAGGAAGAACAGAGACAAUUCUGACCUAGCCACAUCACCAUCUCGGAGAAAGAGAACUGGAUCACCUAGUGGGCUGAAAAAACAGAGCAGCACAAGAGGCUUUUCUCCAGCCAAUCAAAAGCCUAAACAGGCUCUGUCACCUAAAAGGCGCAAGAGGCAUGACUCUGAUUCUUCACUGCCAUGGAAGAGUUCCCAGGACUCGUCUGAUUCCGACCUUUCCCCCCUGCGGAACAGUCAUAGACCAGGCCUGCUACACCGUGACUCCCCCUCCAAACUCUCUCCUCCCAAGAGGAAUCAGAACACGUCUUCAGAUUCUGAUUUAUCUCCUCCCCGAAGGAGUCAGGCAGCUGGAAAGAAACUCCACGGUUCAAGGAGCUCUCCUGGCCUCUUGCCUCAUCGUCGAGGGCCAGAUUCUAAAAGAUCUUUCCAGGGGGAGAGAGGAGAGGACCAGAGGGCCAGCCAGAUGCUCUCUGGGGGUAAAGCUGGCUUGGUGUCAGCCGACCUGCUGCGGAGAGAACAGCAGGAACUCAGGAGACACGACAGAAAUAACAAACACUUGGAAGAUGAAUCCCAAAAGGCUGAAACAGUCUUUCGAGACAAGUCAGGCCGCAAGAGGGACCUUAUGCAGGAACGACUUGAGCAGCACAAGAAGGCGGAGGCGAAAUCUGAGAGAGAUGAGCUCUAUGCCAAGUGGGGCAAGGGCCUGGCCCAGAGUAGGCAGCAGCAGCAGAAUGUGGAGGAUGCAGUAAAGGAGAUGCAGAAGCCAUUGGCUCGUUACAUUGAUGACCAAGACUUGGAUCAGAUGCUUCGAGAGAAGGAAAGAGAAGGGGACCCCAUGGCUAACUUCAUCAGAAAGAAGAAAGCCAAAGAGAGCAAGGAUAAGAAAGAGAAGCCCAGGUACAAUGGACCAGCACCUCCCCUGAACAGGUUUAACUUAUGGCCUGGGUAUCGCUGGGAUGGAGUGGACAGGUCCAAUGGGUUUGAACAGAAGCGCUUUGCCAGGCUAGCCAGCAAGAAGGCAGUUCAGGAGCUUGCAUAUAAGUGGAGUGUUGAGGACAUGUAAACAAAAGAGAAAACCAAAUGGAAGACUGCUCCUGGCUCCCCUUCGGGGAGGAAGUGAGACCUCAGUACAACCUAAUGCCAUUGCAAGAGCUGUAAGGAAUGGCUCAUUCUUCCCUGAACACCUCUUCUCCCUAGCAUUCAGUGUUCAAAUGGACUACCUGGGGGUGACAGGGCUGCCUCUAAAGGAAAGUUCAAGAUGCUUCUGGAAGAGGAUGAAAACAGGUCACUCUGUCCAGUCAGGCAGAGAGGAGAAGGCGGGAAACUUUGGGUCCCUUGAGCCCAGAGAAGAACUUCUACAGCUUUACUGUGAGCAGCCAGAAGGUUGACUGCAGAGGGAAAGUGCAGUAUCCAGCUACCUGCUGGAAUAGUUCUGCUCUCUUGGACCUGCCGUGAGAUGGGGAAGAGACACCAGUUUCUGGCAUCAAUAUUUUUUUAACAAAUUAUAUAUAAAUACAUUUGUAACCCUAUUUUCAGUCAAACUCUUGGUUUCCUGGAGGUGUUUUGGGGAUCUGCUGAUUUUCAGUUGUGUCCCAAAUCUCAGGUGCUUCUCUGGGGUGUGGAGAGGAUUAAAGAAAACUCAUUCAGAGAAUAAUUAUGCUGAAGUGGCUCUUCUGUCCUGCAAUGUGGAUUCCCCAACUGUCAGUGCAAGUUGUAAAGCAGAAGCCCCUCCCGUUCCUAGUCCUGAGCUACGCUAAGUAGACGAAUAUUUCCUACAAUGCCUUGCUCCAUAUGGUGGAACAUCACUAUCUCGUCCCUUCCUAAAUGGGGUUUUUGGAGAGAGGGGUGUGGAAGAGAAACUCUUUUGUUGUAUUUGACAACAAACCCAUUCUGGCUACAAGCUCUGGCUGCUGGUCUGGGUUAACUGCUUAUGGAAAGAUACAGUUAAUGGUGGGUUUAAAUGUACUACCCUGAAUGUGAUUUUAUUUUGAGCAUCCGAUGGCACGGGGUUGGUCUCUCUUGAGAGGUCUGACAGUGCCAGGCUAGCUUGGCAGUUGCAUAGUCACAGCAUUGCUGUCUGCAUGUUUGUUUAAACCUGAAAUCUAACUUUCAGAAAAGACGACCGCUCUGCCAAGACUCUGAGCCACAGCUCUAAGGUAGAGACAAUGUGACCUGGUCCCUCAAUGUGUUGAGAAAGCACCUCUGAUCUCAAAGGCAGUUGGAGUUUUCUCUUUGUUUACUUUGCAGAGAGACGGUGUUGAAUGCCCCAGCUGUUUCCAUGGAAGGCCCUUGCCUGUAGCAGUCUGGGUCUUGAGAUAGGAAUUAGGCUCCCGUGGUUCUUAUGCUACAUGAGGGUGCUGGGUGGGAAGUAUAGUGUAAAGGUUUUCUUAGGAAAUGUGAUUCUUGGAUUGGUGCUUUCUCCCUGUCAAAAGGUGAUGCUCCUUUUUUAUUUAACAAGUUAAAUUUCUAGCCGUCUUGUAAUCUGGAUGUACAAUUGUAAAUAAUUUUUUUUUUUUAGCUGGC